GUUGUUCUAGUGGUAUAUGAAAGAGGUUAGGAUAACUAGAUUGAAAGAAAUUAAAUCUAGUUAUACACAUCUUUGGCAUUAAUUUGGUGUUUACUAGUGACAUCUCACGCUGGGCAGUUACGCUUUGCUUCUGGGGGCUUUCCUUUUUAAAACAAAAGAAAGCUCUUUUCAUUUUUUGUGUGCUGCAUGUUCCAGUGUAUGUGUUUACACCAUCGGCUUCUACCUCUAGAGAUUAGCAUAACUCCCUUUGCUGUUGGAUUGUUGUUUUGAGCAAUAUGUUUUGGAAAGGUUGGUUUUCAUCAUGAGUGCAUGCAAUUCAUCAGAAGCUUCUGCUUGCUCCUCUUCAGAAGUAUCUGUGAAAGAAUUUCUAGCCAAAGCCAAAGAAGACUUUUUAAAAAAAUGGGAAAAUCCUGCUCAGAAUAAUGCCGGCCUGGAGGAUUUUGAAAGGAAAAAAACCCUUGGAACAGGUUCAUUUGGGAGAGUCAUGUUGGUGAAACAUAAAGCCACUGAACAGUAUUAUGCCAUGAAGAUCUUAGAUAAACAGAAGGUUGUUAAACUGAAGCAAAUAGAGCAUACUUUGAAUGAGAAAAGAAUAUUACAAGCAGUGAAUUUUCCUUUUCUUGUUCGACUGGAGUAUUCUUUUAAGGAUAAUUCUAAUUUAUACAUGGUUAUGGAAUAUGUCCCUGGGGGUGAAAUGUUUUCACAUCUAAGAAGAAUUGGAAGGUUCAGUGAACCCCAUGCACGGUUCUACGCAGCUCAGAUAGUGCUGACAUUCGAGUACCUUCAUUCACUAGACCUCAUCUAUAGAGAUCUAAAACCUGAAAACCUCCUAAUUGACCACCAAGGUUACAUCCAGGUCACAGACUUUGGGUUUGCCAAAAGAGUUAAAGGCAGAACUUGGACAUUAUGUGGCACUCCAGAAUAUUUGGCUCCAGAAAUAAUCCUCAGCAAGGGCUACAAUAAGGCAGUGGAUUGGUGGGCAUUAGGCGUGUUAAUCUAUGAAAUGGCAGCUGGCUACCCCCCAUUCUUUGCAGACCAACCAAUUCAGAUUUAUGAAAAGAUUGUUUCUGGAAAGGUUCGAUUCCCAUCGCACUUCAGUUCAGAUCUCAAGGACCUUCUAAGGAACCUGCUGCAGGUGGAUUUGACAAAGCGGUUUGGAAAUCUAAAGAACGGUGUGAGUGAUAUAAAAACUCACAAGUGGUUUGCCACAACAGAUUGGAUUGCUAUUUACCAGAGGAAGGUUGAAGCUCCAUUCAUACCAAAGUUCAGAGGCUCUGGAGAUACGAGCAACUUUGAUGACUAUGAAGAAGAAGAAAUCCGUGUCUCUAUAACAGAAAAAUGUUCAAAAGAAUUUAGUGAGUUUUAGAGAUGAGCAAGGAGAUGACAUCAGAGCUCAGGCUCAGUCUUUGCACUCUGUUGAGAGAGAAGGUGGAGCCGAGACCGUCCUUGUUGAAGCAGUUACCUAGUUCCUUCAUUCCAGCGACCGAGUGAAGUUUUUAUUGCCAUCAUCUGUGUGUGCACUCUGCGUCCACCUUUGUAACAAGGCACCGCUAAGCAAGCAUUGUCUGUGCCAUAACACAGGACUAGAACUUUCCUGCUUCUCUUUGGUUUGUCUUUCUCCUCUCCCCCUACAUCCAUUUCUUCCUUUUUCAUUUCCAUUAGGUUUUCUACAAACAGUGCUCCAUCUUACUUUAUUGGUGUUUCAAAUGGGCAGUGUUAUGGCUAUGUGGUAUUUGAACAGAAGGGUAAGUUUUGCUUUUAGUAGUUCUUGCCAAUAUUUUUGUUGGCCAAUGGCUGGAAGAUAUACUUUCUAAUACUUAAUUUUACUUUGAGUAGCUCAGACUCAGUUUUUCCAGAACUCUUAAGAAUUUUUGAGGACAGAAUAUUUUAUCACCAUGGAAAUAUAUACAAAUUAAAACAAUAACUUCCUUAGAAUUCACUGUUCUGGAAUACAUUUGAAUAGACUAAUAUAGAGUAGCUAGACCAGCAGUUUGGAUCCCUAUAGAUCAGGGGUUCUAUUUCCCGUCACUCUUUUUAUAUCAUCCUCCACUUGAGUAAUUAAGUGACCAGCUUGUGCAGUGUGACAAAUGUGUGUCAAUCACAGGAAAAAAUAAUGAUACGGUUCAUUAUCACCCACAUUCUCUCACUUGGUACCAGCAUUUCUGUAGGUAUUAGAGAAGAGUUCUCUAAGAUUUCUAAACCUUGACUCUUCCAUAAGGGUUUUAACCAGUAUUUUAAUAGAAUUUGACUAAUGAAAGUGACAAAUUUUUAAGUUUCUCAAAUAAUCCUCAGUGUAAACUUCUUAAAGGAAAAGAACUAAAAAGAACAUUAAUGUGGACAAAUGCUUUGCUAAGUGAAACAAAUGGAUUGAUUCUUAUAAACGAUAUAGACAAAUUCUUACUUACAUGAGAUUUUUUUGUUUCUUUCGGUUUGUUCUGUGUGUCACAGUUAAGAACAAAGAAAGAUCAUGCCAGGUAAUUAUUCUGGUGAACUAUAUUUGUCAGCCUGAGGUAGAGGUACUGUUGCGAUUUCACUUUCAUCCUAUGCCUCAUCAAUGAAGAAAGGGGCAUACUUUCUAAAACUGCCACAAUUGUAUUUUAAUUUUGAGGUGUGAUAUUUUUAGACAUGUAAUAAUUUCCAGCCUCUUUUCUUUCAGUAAAUAGAAUGUAUGAUCAUGCGUAUACAAUUUUAGUAUUGGAGUUUAGUUUUUUUAAUAUUCUUUUUUGCCAACUGACUUAACAUUGCAGUCAUGUGGAAAUUUCAAGCAAUUUUGCACAUUUAAUUUAGUGUUUGUUGAGAAUCCAUGGCUUAACUCAGUUUUCAAUUUUUAUUUUUUUAUUUUUUUGCUUUUAAAUUUUUCCAUCUGGUUAUAUCUCUGUGUGUCAGUGACCUAUCUUAUAACAACACACCAAAAUAGUUGAAAGUAAACUGUUAAUUUUAUACCAUCAAUUUACAUGCACAUAAGAUGAGUUGUUUUUUAAUCAAACUGAUCUUAAUAUAUACAAGCAUUCUAUUUGCUUCAUUAUCAGUGCAGGUAGGUCACUGACUACUUCAUUUCAUCUCUACCACACCCUUAUAAAAUCUUUGAAGACAUUGAAAAAGCCAGUCCAAGAUGUUUUCUGCAUCAAUCUUUACAUCUUUUGGUUGUCUUGUGUUUCUGCAUGGUUAUGUCAUUUACAAGCUGAUAUGAUUUCAGCUUUUGGUCCACCUAUGUUUAAAAUGUGCAAGAAAAAUAUAAACUACUUCGCUGUAACAAGUUUGAUGUAAGAAAAAUACAUCAUCAUGAUAAUGUAAAACGUCAUUUGUACAAAAUAUUUUCAUUAGUUUUUUUGUAUUUCACUUAGACCCAAAAACAUGCUAAUCAUUGUAUUCUAUAUGUAUGCUACAAAUCCUAUGGUAGCUUUGUUGUAUAUUAUUGUAAAAUUAUUUUAAUAAAUCAUGGGGAUGACAAUUUGAUUAUUGCAUUUUAGUUUUCAGCAAUUAAAAAGAUUUCUAUGAAUUCUAAUUUUUAAAAAAAAUGAAAUUACUACUGUCCAGCACAACUUGCUGUAGAAUCUAUCUGGGUAGGUGAGCACUAGGCAGUACAUUGGUUUUGAGGGCUAUUUAGCCAUUCCAUUUUACUCUCUGUUUAAAGGACAUGAGCAAGCUUUUAAAUAUAUCCAGGGAGUCUAUUUCCAACGAAUCAAGUACACUGAAUUAGAAUGUCUUAAAAUUAUACAAAAUUCUCAGUUUUUGCCACAGUUUAGCCAAGAACAAUAUAAAAACUUGAAUAAGAAAUAAGUGGCAUGAAUCAGUAUUUAACCUCAGAUUACAUUAUUUGAAACGGAAGAAACUACAUUUUUAUUCAAUAAAUAAUGAGAUGACAUUGUAGAGGAAGGAGCCCGAGACUGGAAGUCAAGUCAUUUGAGUUUCAGGCCUGGUUCGUCACUAUAAUUUGACCUUGAUCUCAGUUCUCGGAUCCAGAUUCAUUAGGCAGUUUCUAAGGUCCCUUCUAACUUUCACAUGUUGUGAUAAGAUUCUAUUUAUUUCACAUUUUGAAGGAAUAACAUGUUUUGAAGUAAAUCUUGUUAGGGUGAUAUUUUAGGGCUUUUUCUUAUCUCUUAUAGUGCUCUUAAAAUUCUUUGAAUAUCAUGAGAACCAUGUGUCUGUUCUGAUUCCUUCUUCCUUCACUGAUGCUAAAUAUCCAGUUGAUAUCAAACUAUCAACCGACCAAAAAAAAAAAAAAAGGAUAUUGUGGCUUGUGGGUAUUGCUGUCAUGUUUUUGAUAUGUUCUUGUAUCAACUGCCCAUUGGCCUGAAAAUACUCAUUGUAAGCCUGAAAACAAAAUCACUUUUCUUUCCCACUGACUGUUUUUUCUGCUUAUUGUAAGAAUCAAAUGAAAUAAUGUAUGUGAAAGCACCUUGUAACCUGUAACCUAUCAAUGUAAAGUGUUAAGGUAUAUUGUUACUUCAUUAAUUACUUCUUUGUUUAGAAUGGAAUUUCCUACACACUACUGUAGCUAGGAAAUGCUGAAAACAACUGUGUUUUUUUUAAUUAAUCAAUAACUGUAAAAUUAAAGUAUCUUCAAAGGAUAAAACAA